CUUGUAUCUGUGUUACAAGAAAUGGAGAAGAUUCUUGUUGCAACUCUGUUAUUUGUCCUUGUCUCUCAAGGUUAUAGUCAAUGCUCUUUGAGUAAUAUUGUUGUAACCCAAUCUCCUACCGGAAGAAAAGUGCUUGGAAAGACAGAAUGGACUGUGACUAUCACAAAUCGGUGUGCAUGUUAUCAAAAGAAUGUGAAGUUGAAUUGCAAAGGAUUUCAAACUGUUGAAGCAGUUGAAGCUUCAUAUUUGAAAGUUUUAGGUGAUGUUUGUCUUGUUAGUGACGGUCAACCUCUAUUUAACGGUGUCAUUGAAUUCAAUUACGCUUGGGACACUCAAUUUCCAUUCAAUCCCAUUUCCUCAGAUAUUGAAUGUUAA